ACAAAUCCCUGUCAACAUCCAGUUAUAAUACUCCAAGAUGUGCACUUCAGUGAACUAGAAGCUUUACUUAUAUUUAUAUACAAAGGAGAAGUAAAUAUUGAACAAAAAAAUUUGCCAGCACUUUUAAAAGCUGCAGAAACAUUACAAAUUCGUGGUCUAUCGGGAGGAGAUAUAUUUGCUAAAGAAUCUUAUAAAAGAUUAGUAGAAUUGGAACAGGCAGUAGAAGAAGGAACAGGUAGUAAAGAAGAAACUCCAAAGAAAAAACAAAAAUUGAACAAACAUCAAAAUUCUAUAUUAGAAACAGCACUGACACCUAAAGUAUCUCAAGCAGAAAGCACAGAUGAGUCUACAACUAGUGAACAAGGUGGUAAAGAAGGAGAUUAUUUAUUGCAAAAAAAUAUACAAAAUCCAAUCUAUCAACGUUUAGAAAUGAAGAUAGAACCAUUAGAAACUGUGUUGGAAGAUUCUCAAAAACAAUCAUCAACGGACAAAGAUCCAGCAGAAAGAUUAGAUACCGGACAACUUGAAGGAAAUCAAGGUUAGUAAUAUUUUGAAAAUUAUACAAUAUUGCUUUAUAAAAAAUAAUAGAAAAUAUGAUCAUACGCAUGUUACUGUUAGAGAAUAUGUUGCAGAAUAUGUUAUCUUAUAGCAAUUUAUGUAUAUUUUGAUGUUUCAUUUUUACAUAUAUAUCUUUUGUUGCAUCAUAUCUUAUAUUUGAUGAGAUAAUUUAGAGAGA